CAGGCUCAUUUCAAGGAAAUGACCGUCAGCAUCUGCCUGCAUGGAUAGAGCCAAACGCCAAUCCCUCAGUGGACAACACAAAGUACUGAAUCGUUGUAUAAUCAACUGGAAACAGAAAGUAACUUUUCACCUACAUAUAUUGCAUCCAGUCACACCCUGGCUUUAGUCUUCGUAUGUCAAAAAAGAGGUCAACAUGGGAGGUGAAUCAUCAAGACCAGCAGCACCACCAUCACCAGUUUAUGACAAAGCUUGGAGAGAGGUUGACUGGACGAAGAAAGAUGCCAUGAUUAAGGAACUGAAGCAAUUCAGUUUGAAUGAUCCUGAUAUGGGCCAGCUCAGGAUCCUGCUAAUUGGACCAAUUGGCACAGGAAAGUCCAGCUUUGUUAACUCAAUCAAAAGUGCUAUUUCUGGUCGUAUGGUGACUGCUGCGCUGGCAGAUGCUGACACAGGCACAGGCUUCACCAAGAUCUAUCAAACACAUUACAUUAGAGAUGGAAAAGGACGCUUACCUUUUGCAUUCAAUGACGUCAUGGGUUUGGAGCCUGAUGAAUCAAGGGGGGCGCACCCUGCUGACAUCAUCAGCAUUCUUAGAGGACAUAUCCGAGAAGGUUAUCAGUUCAACCCCACUUGUCCCUUGACACAAGAAAAACCAGACUACAACAGCAGUCCUGAGUUAAGAGACAGAGUCCACUGUUUAGUGUCUGCAAAUGCUGUAUUUGGAAUGUCAGCUGGAGUCAAACGCAAGCUGAGGACCAUAAGGGAGAAAGCUAGCAGUCUGGGAAUUCCUCAGUUUCAUGUCAUGACAAAAGUGGACAAUGCUUGUCAGGAAGUGAACAGGGAUCUGAGAAAUAUCUACAAAAGCAAAGCAAUUAAAAAAUGGAGACCUACAGCAAUGAGCUGGGGAUCCCCAUGAGCUGCAUCUUGCCAGUGAAGAACUACCAUGAAGAGACAAAGACAGACAAUGAAGCAGAUGUACUGGUGUUGGAGGCUGUUACUCAGAUCGUGCACGCAGCCAAUGAUUACAUAUGGACACUCCAACAAAAAUAGUAAGGCACUACGGAAACUGUAGUGAAUGAAUUUGCUCUGGAGCGUUGUGACCAUCAGGACAAACAAAACUUAAUCGCAGAAAGUAAAUUAUGUUACAUGACUUUGUAUGUAUAAUAUAUGUACUUGUGUGCAUUGUGACAUUGGUGAUAAGUGUAUUAUGUGAUGUAGUGGCUUGGAGCAAGUAUACCUUAUACCUUACUGUUACACCUGUUUCUGUAUGUACUUAUGCCUGUCUGUGUCUGUAUGGUUCUGUGCUGUGGUCUUGUCUACCUUUUCUUCUCCCGUCACCCAUUCAAAAUUCACAGAAAACCUUUGUUAUUCACCUCAGGAAAGGAACAGGUGCCGCCCCACGUGUUUAAGAUGGUCUUUGGCACAGUUUGUUUUUCCCUGUGGCGUAAAACCACUAUAUUGUAUUCUGUCAUGUUCCCUGUCGUCGCCCUGCAAAACACUCCUUGUUAAGACAAAGGGCUCGUCCUUUGUGUUUUGGUUGUUGUGCCGUGUUUGGUGUGAAGUCGAUGUUUGUUUUGGGGGUGUUUUUAAUAUAUUAUUAAUAUAAACACAGGUAUGCACAGUAUUCACAAUAUUGCCUACAACUGUAUUCAAAGAUCAUGGUACCUGUAUAUCUUCUUUAGAAUGUGUGCUUGAUUAAAAGUCAGAUCAGAACUAAGUGUAACUGUAACUGAAAGUGCUUUUAUGUUCUGCUAAAAUGUUUAGUCUACUGGGUAUGAGGUGUUGUUUAUAAUGGUCAAUCUUUUGGCCAACAUUCUCCUCUCUGCCACCUCUUUGACAGUCAGGGCUGGCCUCUUAAACAGGGCCUGCUCUCCUUAUAAAGUUGUUCAGUCUGUUGCAAUCUGCUGCUCUGAUGCUGCUACCCCAGCAGACAACCGUAUAGAAGAUAACACCUGCCAC